AGGGGCCGCGUCCGCGGCAGCCCUGCCAGCGGCUCCUGCCGCUCCGGUCCCUACCGCUGCUGCCGCUCCAGUCACCGCUACCCCAGCGGGUCUCGUCCGGGAUCCCUGUGCACCCCCACAGCGGCACCGUCGUGAACCGAGAGAUUUUGACCCGGUAAGGAUCAGGCGUGACUCUGCACCGGGGCGGCGGUGCCCACCUGACAGGAGGCUCCGUGUGUCGGCAUUCGGCAGAUCCACUGCGGUUGGUGUAGGCUUCACACAAUGUUAGGAAGUUUGGCCACUUGGCUUUGCUUCUGGAGGGAGCUCCUUUGCUGCUGAAGGAGGACAGACACGCUCCGGCCAGGGGAGCAGCUCAGCAAGCCCCAAAGUGCUGCCUGCAGAGUGAGAUGCUCUUAAAAUGAAAAGGUGCUGCGAGGGCGUGGGGCUGCCAUGCCUGUUUAAGGGUGUUGGCAUGGCCAGUCCUCGGCCCCCCAGGUACCUGCUGGUGUUUGACUUCGACGAGACCAUCAUCGAGGAGAACAGCGACGAGUCCAUCGUGCGGGCGGCGCCGGGGCAGGCGCUGCCGGAGCCGCUGCGGCAGAGCUUCCGCGAGGGCUUCUACAACGAGUACAUGCAGCGGGUGCUGGCCUACAUGGGCGACCAGGGCGUCACCAUGGCCGACUUCAGGGCGGUCUACGAGAGCAUCCCCCUCUCCCCCGGCAUGCCAGAGCUCUUCCAGUUCCUCGCCAAGCACCAGGAGCUCUUCGAGCUCAUCCUCAUCUCCGACGCCAACAUGUUCGGCAUCGAGUGCCGGCUGCGGGCUGCAGGCUCCCACUCGCUCUUCCGCAAGGUCUUCAGCAACCCCUCCAGCUUCGACCGCAGAGGCUACUUCACGCUGGGGCCCUACCACAGCCACAAGUGCCUUCGCUGCCCUGCCAACAUGUGCAAGCGCAAGGUCCUCACCGAGUACCUGGCCGAGAGGGCGCAGGAGGAGGUGGAGUUCGAGAGGGUCUUGUACGUGGGCGACGGCGCCAACGACCUGUGCCCUGCCGCGGCGCUGAGCGCGGCCGACGUCGCCUUCCCGCGCAAGGGCUACCCCCUGCACCGCAUGGCCCAGGAGCUGCAGCGGCAGCAGCCGGCAGCCUUCCAGGCCACUCUGGUCCCCUGGGAGUCGGCCGCGGAGGUCGCUCGCUACCUGCAGGAGCUGCUCAAGAAGAAGUGCUGAGGGUGGCUCCGGAAGGGUCUUGCUCAGCGCAAGCAGCUGGGAAAGGAGAAGCUCGGGGCGAGGGUGGGGAUGCUCACAGCCUGAGCCCCGCGGUGCUGGGCACUGCUUCCUCAGCCCCCUCCACUCCUGGGCUGCUUUCCUGCCUCUGCUCUCCGAUGAAAGCACUUUCUCCAGGCCCCACUCAUCUCCUCCCCCUGCCACAGCCGAGGGGAAGCCUUCUCUAUGCAGCUUGGACAUCUGCUCCCGGCGUCUGCCAGCACUAACGGGGAUGAGCUGAGCUGCAGGGGUUUGUUCUCUCCCCUCUCACCUGACAAGAGCAAUCCCCACAGGACCAGAAGGAGCCAGGGGCUGGGCUCUGCACAUGCUUCCUCCUGUCUUCAUCUUCCCCUCCCCUGGCCACGUGCUGUUGCCUUGAACCUGAUGCUUGAGGGCUCCUUGCCUCUUUGGGAGGCCACUGGAAGUUGAACCUGGGACAUUUCUGCUGCCCAGCCUCACCAGUUUGCCCACCGUGCCCAGCCUGGGCAGGGCAGCCCCUGGGCUCAGCUGCUGAGCCUUAGGAUGGACUCGAAUUUGUCUCCUGAGACUUUAUUCUCUGGGGGGGAAACAAAAACCAUAAUCAUGGCAUGAGGGACAGGAAAGCUCCUGGGAAGGUGGUAUCUUGGAGGGACCUUCCUCUGGCCCACCCCCACCCAGGGCAUGGGCACAGUGACCACAUCUCUCUGUGGGAGAAGGACCUGCCCUUGCCUUCCACCUCCAUUCUCUGCCUCUGCUUCCAGGGCAAACCAUCUGCCAUGUCCCUGGGCAGGUUCCUCCUUGCCUGAGCCAUUGCCAAUCAUCUCCUCCUGAUUGCUGGAUCCUGUCCUCUCCCCUAAUCAGUGCAGGGAGGGGAAGAAUUUCUCCUCCCGACCUGGUUGAGAGGUGCCAAACCUCCCCCUGCCCCAGGGAGGUGUGGUGCUGCAGCUCUUCUCCUGGCACAGGGUCCCUGGAGGCCAAAAUCCCACCUCCAGCUGCCCCCCUGCCUUGCCCCACUGCAGUAUUAAUUACCCCUUCUAAUUGCACUCUGCAGGGGGGACCUACAGUGUUGGCUGCUCUCUGGUGUUGGCUUCCCCUGGAUUUAUCCACAGCCUUACCAGCCCCUGAGGGUGGCUUCUACCAGCUCCAAAGCAUCAAAACCCUGGCAGCAAACCCAAGCAGUAAGGAAAUAACCAAAGCAGCUCUGAAGUUGUUCCUCCUCUCUUCUUCUUCUUGUUUUUACCUUUCCCAUUUCCCACCUCCCCAUCACCACCAUGCACACACCUCUUUGUUCUUCCUCCUCCAGAGCCUCUUCAACUGUGUGGAACUUAAAGCCAUGGAAUUAAAAGACAACCAGAAACCA